AUGUGUCUUUCAGAUGAAGACCCUUCGGAUAUAGACAAGUUGAAUUUGAUGAGAACUGUGGCUGUUGAAGUUAAUGAUAUUAGAAUGCAACAAAUCACUAUGUUGAAGCAAAAAUCCAGAAAUCAGUGGUUAAUUGAGGGGGGUAGUAAUUCUAGUUUCUUUCAUAAUUCCAUUUGUAUCCGCAUGAGUAGUAAUACUAUUUCGGAAUUGGUGGACGCUAAUGGGGUUACGUUGACUGAUUGUGAUCAGAUUCAUAAUCUUAUUGUUGAUUAUUAUGAGGCGAAGUUUAAUGGAGAUGAUUCAGUUCCGGUGGAGGCUCUUUUUAAUAUUGAUCAUAAUAGUAUUUCCCUUGAGGAAAGUACUAGAAUGGAUCAAUUGCCUUCUUUAGAAGAGAUUCGCGCAUCAGUUUUUGAUUUGGAUGCUGAUAGUGCGCCUGGACCGGAUGGUAUUUCCCUUGAGGAAAGUACUAGAAUGGAUCAAUUGCCUUCUUUAGAAGAGAUUCGCGCAUCAGUUUUUGAUUUGGAUGCUGAUAGUGCGCCUGGACCGGAUGGGUUUGAUGGUUUUUUCUAUAGACAUUGUUGGGAGAUUAUUCGAGAUGAUUUGGUUAAUGCUAUUAUUUUUUGUUGGUCUAAUAAAUUCAUUCCUCACGGAGUGAAUUCUAGCCUUCUCAUGUUGUUGCCUAAAGAGAGAGGUGAAAAUACUCUUCGUAACUUUAGGCCAAUUGGUCUUAGUAACUUAUUUUUUAAGAUUUUUACUAAGAUUUUAGCUACUAGACUUGGUGGUGUUUUGGAUAACUUGAUUUCUGAGGAACAAGUAGCGUUCAUGAAAGGGAAAAAUAUCCAUGAAAAUAUUAGUCUCGCUUCAGAGAUGGUGAAUGGGACGCAGAUUAAGCGGAAAGAUGGUAAUGUUGGGUUAAAGCUUGAUAUAACUCAGGCUUUUGACACAGUUAGUUGGACUUUUAUCUUGGAAGUGUUUCGAAGAUAUGGUUUUUCUGAGAGCUGGUGUGAUUGGAUUCUUCAAAUUUUAAAAUCUGCUAGAAUUUUGGUUCUUGUCAAUGGUAGUCCAGAAGGUUUCUUCAGUAUUGGUAGGGGGCUUCGUCAAGGAGAUCCGUUGUCACCUAUUAUCUUUGUGUUGAUUGAGGAUGUCUUAAGAAGGAAUAUCACGAAGCUCUUUAAAGAGGGCAAGAUGACUCAUAUGGUUAAUAGAAAAGGUAUAGCUCCUACCCAUCUAUUUUUUGCUGAUGACAUUAUGAUUUUUUGUAAAGAUAACAUGAAGAGCUUGAGAAAUCUGGUUGAUUUGUUGGGUUUGUAUCAACGUGCUUCGGGUCAAACUAUUAGUCGUGAGAAGAGUAAACUCUAUUUUGGUGGUGGUUCGCUGAAUAGGAGAGCUACUAUAUCUCAAUUUUUGGGGAUGCCCAUUGCUGGUUUUCCGGAUAGGUAUUUAGGGGUUAAGCUUAUUCCUGGUGCCGUUAAAUAUCAUCAUGUAGCGAAUGCUGUUGAGAAGAUAAAAGAGCAACUGGCGGGUUGGAAGGGGAGAAUGCUUUCUUUUCAAGAUAGAGUGGUGUUGGUGAAAUCUGUGAUUGCUAGUUAUUCGAUUCAGAAUAUGGCGGUUUAUAAGUGGCCAAGGAAAUUUAUUCAUGAGUGUGAAGCUGCUAUUCGGAAUUUUUUAUGGUCUGGUGAUUCUAAGGUGAGUAGGUCUUUUGUUGUGGCUUAUGACAAGAUUUGUGCACCUUAUGAGGAAGGUGGUUUGGGUUUAACUCAGUUGAGUGUCAUGAAUAAGGCGUUGCUUAUGAGUCUUUGGUGGAAAUCCUAUGAUGUUUGGUUAGGAGACGUUGCUAUUGCUGAAUUACUUGAAGACUAUGAGCUUGACCAUACUGUUUUGGUUGGAGAUAUGCUGAAUGAUGGAGGAUGGAAUUUGAGUGAAGAGUGUAGGAAUACGUUACUUGCUGCAGGUUUCAUUGAGGAAGAUCUGCCCAUGCCGUUGAAUAGAGUUGAUCGCAGGGUUUGGAAACCCAAUUACGCUGGCAGUUUUACUGUCAGUUCUGCUAAAUCUUUAAUUCGCACAAAGUAUGCUAAGCUUCAAGGUGUGAAUCUGUUAUGGAGACCUGCUGUGCACCCUGCCUUGGCUGCACGAAACUGGAAAAUCCUUAGAGGAGCUUGCGCUACCCUUGACAAGGUUAGAAGUCGCUUUAAAAUUCAAGUUGUGAAUAAAUGUUGUUUGUGCAACAGGGAUGAAGAAACGUUGGAUCAUUUGAUGUGGCACUGCGAUUUUGCUGUCAAAGCGUGGAGUUGGAUAUAUGAUAUCUUCACAAUGCAUUCUCAUCUGAAUUUGUGUACUACUUAUAAGGCUGCACGAGGAAGAAGUGGCAUUAUUAAGGAGCUGUGGUUAGUUACUGUUUUGGUUGUUAGGUCAGAACUGUGGAUGACUCGCAACAAGUUUGUUUAUGAAAACAAGAAGGAUUGUUGGAGUUUCAUUCAAAAAUCUGUUUUCAACCAGGUGAUGGAAUACUCUAGGCGGAUUAAAGGGUACAUGUACAAUACAGUAGAAGACUUACGGGUGCUGGAUUUUUUCAAGGUCUCACAUACAAAAGUUAAGACACUGGAACCGGUGGAAUGUAGGUGGAGUACUCCAGAUUUUGGUGAACUGUUGCUUUGUUCCGAUGGUGCUGCCCGUGGGAAUCCGGGGGUAGCUGGAGCAGGUUUUGUGGCUAGGGAUCAUGAGGCUAAUGUGGUAGGAGCUAUGAGUAUAGGCUUGGGUAUUACUUCAAAUUAUUUGGUUGAACUAUUUGGUAUUAUUAUUGGUCUUGAAUGGGCUGUUCAAUGA